GGCUGCAAAAGUUUCUUCAAGAGGAGCGUCCGCAGGAACUUAACUUACACAUGCCGUGCCAACAGGAACUGUCCCAUCGACCAGCACCACCGCAACCAGUGCCAAUACUGCCGCCUCAAGAAGUGCCUCAAAGUGGGCAUGAGGCGGGAAGUUCAGCGAGGAAGAAUGCCUCCAACCCAACCCAAUCCAGGCCAGUACGCACUCACCAACGGGGACCCCCUCAACGGCCACUGCUACCUGUCCGGCUACAUCUCGCUGCUGCUGCGCGCGGAACCCUACCCCACGUCGCGCUACGGCAGCCAAUGCAUGCAGCCCAACAACAUCAUGGGCAUCGAGAACAUCUGCGAGCUGGCCGCGCGCCUGCUCUUCAGCGCCGUCGAGUGGGCCCGAAACAUCCCCUUCUUCCCGGAUCUGCAGAUCACCGACCAAGUGUCCCUGCUGCGCCUCACCUGGAGCGAGCUGUUCGUGCUCAACGCGGCCCAGUGCUCCAUGCCGCUGCACGUGGCGCCGCUGCUGGCCGCCGCCGGCCUGCACGCCUCGCCCAUGUCCGCCGACCGCGUCGUGGCCUUCAUGGACCACAUCCGCAUCUUCCAGGAGCAGGUGGAGAAGCUCAAGGCGCUGCACGUCGACUCGGCCGAGUACAGCUGCCUCAAAGCCAUCGUGCUGUUCACGUCAGAUGCCUGUGGCCUGUCGGAUGCCGCCCACAUCGAGAGCCUGCAGGAGAAGUCGCAGUGCGCACUAGAGGAGUACGUGAGGAGCCAGUACCCUAACCAGCCCAGCCGUUUCGGCAAACUCCUACUGCGACUGCCCUCCCUGCGUACCGUGUCCUCCUCGGUCAUCGAGCAGCUCUUCUUCGUCCGUUUGGUAGGUAAAACCCCUAUCGAAACUCUCAUCCGGGAUAUGUUACUAUCUGGGAGCAGCUUCAACUGGCCUUACAUGUCCAUCCAGUGCUCCUAGACCUUGGGCGCUUCCCACCUGCCCCCGCCUCCCUAGAGACUCAGAGGACCGGCGGGGGCCAUGGACUCCAAAGCUGCGGGGACAUCAGGCGGCUGUUGCAGGGUGCAGCCAGGCAGGGGGGAGGUGGGCCGGCCGACAGGAGCAGCCCACCCUGCAGAAAUGCAACCCGAGCUGCAAAGCAGGAGAAAAAGAGACUCUCUUUAGGAUCAGAUCUGUGAACAUGUUGGAAAGGAAAGAAAAAGGACCUUGUGUCUGGUGAGAAAAGGAAAAAAAAAAAUUGGAAGAGAGGACCAUGAGAAUUUUAAUAAAACAGAAGGAGACUAAUGGACCUUCCAGGAUUUAUUGUGGACGGAUGUGGAUAUAUUCUGUACAGAAAACAACACACAUGGAAGUGGACUGAAUUCUAUGUAGAAACACACACACACCACACACACACACACACACACACAUGCCCCAAACAUUGUUAUUCAUUUUGUAAAAUACUAGUCUUUAUUUUCAUUUUUUUGUAAAAUUUAAACAUCGUAUGCACAUAAAAAAGGAAACAAGAAUUAGGGGAAAAUAACAUUUUCCAAAUAAUUAUAAAAAAAUUGUCCUGUGUCUAUGUAUCUAUAUCUGUUUUGUAUUUUUUUCUGGUUCCAAACCAGAUUUCCUGUGAUUCUAUACUAAUAAUUUUUGAUAUAACCCUUUGCUUCUUAUAAUGAGUGCGAUAUAUGUUGUCGAGGCUGUUCUUCAAGAAUUAAAAUUGAAGUGAAAAUUUAAACAAAAAAAUAAAAGAAUUUAGCAAAA